AUGAAGUCUGCAUCCGCUGAAAAAAACUUAAAACACUAUAUUUACGAUCGUCAACUUCAGUUUUUAGAAACAGUUGCUGAACCCAAUACAAGUCAAUCAAGUCUUGAUGAAAUUGACGUUCUCCAAGCCGAAGUUGAGGAAGACGAUCAAAAUACUAAAAUUGUAGAGGAUCAGGAUGAUAGCAUAGAAUUACCUGCAGAAACUGAAAAAUGGAAAAGGAAGAGAAAUACUGGGAGUACAACUAGGAGUAAAAUUAAUAAAAGUAACCAAAACUUCGAGGAACAAUUUUUAACAGUAUUUCAAACUAGUCUUCAGGAAGAUGAAGACCGAUCUUUUUUGGAAUCGCUGUUACCCACACUUCGUCAAUUUAAUGGUGACCAAAAAUUACUUUUUCGAAGUAAAGUGAUACAGGAUCUUAUGGAAAUUAAAAAAAUGAGUCCGGUUGCACCAGCCAGCUCCCUUGGUGCAAAAACAUCCAGUGUAUCCACAAAAUGA